UGCUUCAUUUUAAGUAGGGUUUACGCCGAGGGACGAGGGUUGAAGCUCAGAGCUCCCCAGAAGGUGGCCGUAUCGCCAAGAGUUUGAAGCAGCAGGAGAGAGAUGUCGCACAGGAAGUUUGAGCACCCAAGGCAUGGGUCUCUUGGAUUUCUUCCCAGGAAGCGUGCUUCCCGACAGAGGGGAAAGGUGAAGGCAUUUCCUAAGGAUGACGCAAGCAAGCCGUGCAGGCUGACUGCAUUCUUGGGUUACAAGGCUGGCAUGACUCACAUUGUCAGAGAAGUUGAGAAACCAGGAUCGAAACUUCACAAGAAAGAGACUUGUGAGGCUGUGACCAUCGUUGAAACACCUCCGAUGGUAAUUGUUGGAGUUGUUGGCUAUGUGAAAACACCACGUGGUCUUCGAUGCCUGAACACUGUUUGGGCUCAACAUCUGAGUGAGGAGUUGAGAAGGAGGUUUUACAAGAACUGGUGCAAGUCCAAGAAGAAGGCAUUUAGCAAGUAUUCAAAGAAAUACGAAUCUGAAGAAGGAAAGAAGGAUAUCCAGGCUCAGCUAGAGAAGUUGAAGAAAUAUGCCUGUGUUAUCCGUGUGCUGGCUCACACCCAGAUAAGGAAGAUGAAGGGGUUGAAGCAGAAGAAGGCUCAUGUGAUGGAAAUCCAGGUUAAUGGUGGGACAAUAGCACAGAAAGUUGACUUUGCAUAUGGUUUCUUUGAGAAGCAGGUGCCCAUUGAUGCUGUUUUCCAGAAGGAUGAGAUGAUUGAUAUUAUUGGUGUCACUAAGGGUAAGGGUUAUGAAGGUGUUGUGACACGUUGGGGUGUCACUCGUCUUCCCCGUAAAACCCAUAGAGGGCUUCGUAAGGUUGCUUGUAUUGGUGCCUGGCAUCCUGCUAGAGUUUCCUUCACAGUUGCCCGUGCUGGUCAGAAUGGUUACCACCACCGUACUGAGUUGAACAAGAAGAUCUAUAAGCUUGGCAAAGUAGGACAAGAAUCUCAUACAGCUUUAACCGAGUUUGACAGGACCGAGAAGGACAUCACUCCUAUGGGUGGAUUCCCCCACUAUGGUGUGGUGAAGGAUGAUUACCUCUUGAUCAAGGGCUGCUGUGUUGGCCCCAAGAAAAGAGUCGUGACCCUUCGCCAGUCUCUGCUCAACCAGACCUCUCGUGUUGCUCUUGAAGAGAUUAAGCUCAAGUUCAUCGACACUUCCUCAAAGUUUGGACACGGUCGCUUCCAGACCACACAGGAGAAGCAGAAAAUCUACGGCCGCCUCAAGGCCUAAGUAUGCUUUGCAUGUAUUACUAUUCCUUAAUCAUUACACAUCAUUUUCGAGACUUGAAAUUUUGUUUUGUUGCUUGCCUUUGAACAAUUUCUUCGGUUAAACCGAAUUGUUGUGUUAAUCUAUACCCAAGAUAUUAAUUUACAGUGUUGUGCUUA